AUGCACCAUUUUCUCUACACAUGUGCGGUAGUUACCUUUCAAACCCUUACGUUCACUAGAUUAAUAUAUUUCCUACCUUCUAUCACCCCGCCCCAUUCUCCCGCUUUCCAUCACUCCGCCUCAUUCUCCCUCUUUCCAUCGCCCCGCCCCAUUCUCCCUCUUUCCAUUGCCCAGUCCCAUUCUCCCGCUUUCCAUCUCCCCGCCCCAUUCUCCCGCUUUCCAUCACCCCGCCCCAUUCUCCCGCUUUCCAUCACCCCGCCCCAUUCUCCCACUUUCAAUCACCCCGCCCCAUUCUCCCGAUUUCCAUCACCCCGCCCCAUUCUCCCGCUUUCCAUCACCCCGCCCCAUUCUCCCGCUUUCCAUCACCCCGCCCCAUUCACCCGCUUUCCAUCACCCCGCCCCAUUCUCCCGCUUUCCAUCACCCCGCCUCAUUCUCCCUCUUUCCAUCGCCCCGCCCCAUUCUCCCUCUUUCCAUCACCCCGCCCCAUUCUCCAUCUUUCCAUCGCCCCGCCCCAUUCUCCUCUUUCCAUCGCCCCGCCCCAUUCUCCCGCUUUCCAUCACCCGCCCCAUUUUCCCGCUUUCAAUCACCCCGCCCCAUUCUCCCGCUUUCCAUCACCCGCCCCAUUCUCCCGCUUUCCAUCACCCCGCCCCAUUCUCCCUCUUUCCAUAACCCCGCCCCAUUCUCCCUCUUUCCAUCACCCCGCCCCAUUCUCCCUCUUUCCAUCACCCCGCCCCAUUCUCCCUCUUUCCAUCAACCCGCCCCAUUCUCCCGCUUUCCAUCACCCCGCCCCAUUCUCCCUCUUUCCAACACCCGCCCCAUACUCUCUCUUUCCAACACCCGCCCCAUUCUCCCUCUUUCCAUCACCCCGCCCCAUUCUCCCGCUUUCCAUCACCCUGCCCCAUUCUCCCGCUUCCCAUCACCCCGCCUCAUUCUCCCGCUUUCCAUCACCCCACCCCAUUCUCCCGCUUUCCAGCACCCCGCCCCAUUCUCCCGCUUUCCAUCACCCCGCCCCAUUCUCUCGCUUUCCAUCACCCCGCCCCUGUCUCCCUCUUUCCAUCACCCCGCCCCAUUCUCCUGCUUUCCAUCACCCGCCCCAUUUUCCCGCUUUCCAUCACCCCGCCCCAUUCUCCCGCUUUUCAUCACCCCGCCUCAUUCUCCCGCUUUCCAUCACCCCGCCCCAUUCUCCCGCUUUCCAUCACCCUGCCCCAUUCUCCCUCUUUCCAUCACCCCGCCCCAUUCUCCCCCUUUCCAUGACCCCGCUCCAUUCUCCCUCUUUCCAUAACCCCGCCCCAUUCUCCCGCUUUCCAUCAUCCCGCCCCAUUCUCCCUCAUUCCAUCACCCCGCCCCAUUCUCCCUCUUUCCAUCGCCCAGCCCCAUUCUCCCUCUUUCCAUCACCCCGCCCCGUUCUCCCUCUUUCCAUUACCCCGCCCCGUUCUCCCGCUUUCCAUCACCGCGCCCCGUUCUCCCGCUUCUCAUCACCCCUCCCCGUUCUCCCUCUUUCCAUCACCCCGCCCCGUUCUCCCUCUUUCCAUCACCCAGCCCCAUUCUCCCGCUUUCCAUCACCCCGCCCGAUUCUCCCGCUUUCCAUCACCCCGCCCCAUUCUCCCUCUUUCCAUCACCCCGGCCCAUUCUCCCUCUUUCCAUCACCCCGCCUCAUUCUCCCUCUUUCCAUCGCCCCGCCCCAUUCUCCCUCUUUCCAUCGCCCCGCCCCAUUCUCCCGCUUUCCAUCUCCCCGCCCCAUUCUCCCGCUUUCCAUCACCCCGCCCCAUUCUCCCGCUUUCAAUCACCCCGCCCCAUUCUCCUGCUUUCCAUCACCCCGCCCCAUUCUCCCGCUUUCAAUCACCCCGCCCCAUUCUCCCGCUUUCCAUCACCCGCCCCAUUCUCCCGCUUUCCGUCACCCCGCCCCAUUCUCCCUCUUUCCAUCACCCCGCCCCAUUCUCCCUCUUUCCAUCACCCUGCCCCAUUCUCCCUCUUUCCAUCAACCCGCCCCAUUCUCCCGCUUUCCAUCAAACCGCCCAAUUCUCCCUCUUUCCAUCACCCGCCCCAUUCUCUCUCUUUCCAUCACCCUGCCCCAUUCUCCCUCUUUCCAUCACCCCGCCCCAUUCUCCCGCUUUCCAUCACCCUGCCCCAUUCUCCCGCUUUCCAUCACCCCGCCUCAUUCUCCCGCUUUCCAUCACCCCACCACAUUCUCCCGCUUUCCAGCACCCCGCCCCAUUCUCCCGCUUUCCAUCACCCCACCCCAUUCUCUCGCUUUCCAUCACCCCGCACCAUUCUCCCUCUUUCCAUCACCCCGCCCCAUUCUCCUACUUUCCAUCACCCGCCCCAUUCUCCCACUUUCCAUCACCCCGCCCCAUUCUCCCGCUUUCCAUCACCCCGCCUCAUUCUCCCGCUUUCCAUCACCCCGCCCCAUUCACCCGCUUUCCAUCACCCCGCCCCAUUCUCCCUCUUUCCAUCACCCCGCCCCAUUCUCCCUCUUUCCAUCACCCCGCUCCAUUCUCCCUCUUUCCAUAACCCCGCCCCAUUCUCUCGCUUUCCAUCAUCCCGCCCCAUUCUCCCUCAUUCCAUCACCCCGCCCCAUUCUCCCUCUUUCCAUCGCCCAGCCCCAUUCUCCCUCUUUCCAUCACCCCGCCCCGUUCUCCCUCUUUCCAUUACCCCGCCCCGUUCUCCUGCUUUCCAUCACCGCGCCCCAUUCUCCCGCUUUCCAUCACCCCGCCCCAUUCUCCCGCUUUCCAUCACCCCGCCUCAUUCUCCCUCUUUCCAUCACCCAGCCCCAUUCUCCCGCUUUCCAUCACCCCGCCCCAUUCUCCCGCUUUCCAUCACCCUGCCCCAUUCUCCCGCUUUCCAUCACCCGGCCCCAUUCUCCCGCUUUCCAUCACCCCGCCUCAUUCUCCCUCUUUCCAUCGCCCCGCCCCAUUCUCCCUCUUUCCAUCGCCCCGCCCCAUUCUCCCGCUUUCCAUCUCCCCGCCCCAUUCUCCCGCUUUCCAUCACCCCGCCCCAUUCUCCCGCUUUCCAUCACCCCGCCCCAUUCUCCCGCUUUCAAUCACCCCGCCCCAUUCUCCCGCUUUCCAUCACCCCGCCCCAUUCUCCUGCUUUCCAUAACCCCGCUCCAUUCUCCCGCUUUCCAUCGCCCCGCCCCAAUCUCCCGCUUUCCAUCACCCCGCCGCAUUCUCCCUCUUUCCAUCACCCCGCCCCAUUCUGCCUCUUCCCAUCGCCCCGCCCCAUUCUCCCUCUUUCCAUCACCCUGCCCCAUUCUCCCGCUUUCCAUCACCCUGCUCCAUCUCCCUCUUUCCAUCGGCCCGCCCCAUUCUCCCGCUUUCAAACGCCCCGCCCCAUUCUCCCUCUUUCCAUCACCCAGCCCCAUUCUCCCUCUUUCCAAAACCCAGCCCCAUUCUCCCUCUUUCCAUCACCCCGCCCCAUUCUCCCUCUUUCCAUCACCCCGCCCCAUUCUCCCUCUUUCCAUCACCCAGCCCCAUUCUCCCGCUUUCGAUCACCCCGCCCCAUUCUCCUGCUUUCCAUCAGACCGCCCCAUUCUCCCGCUUUCCAUCACCCCGCCCCAUUCUCCCGCUUUCAAUCACCCCGCCCCAUUCUCCCGCUUUCCAUCACCCCGCCCCAUUCUCCCGCUUUCCAUCACCCCGCCCCAUUCUCCCGCUUUCCAUCGCCCCGCCCCAAUCUCCCGCUUUCCAUCACCCCGCCGCAUUCUCCCUCUUUCCAUCACCCCGCCCCAUUCUGCCUCUUCCCAUCGCCCCGCCCCAUUCUCCCUCUUUCCAUCACCCUGCCCCAUUCUCCCGCUUUCCAUCACCCUGCUCCAUCUCCCUCUUUCCAUCGGCCCGCCCCAUUCUCCCGCUUUCAAACGCCCUGCCCCAUUCUCUCUCUUUCCAUCACCCAGCCCCAUUCUCCCUCUUUCCAAAACCCAGCCCCAUUAUCCCUCUUUCCAUCACCCCGCCCCAUUCUCCCUCUUUCCAUCAGCCCGCCCCAUUCUCCCUCUUUCCAUCACCCAGCCCCAUUCUCCCGCUUUCGAUCACCCCGCCCCAUUCUCCCGCUUUCCAUCAGCCCGCCCCAUUCUCCCGCUUUCCAUCACCCCGCCCCAUUCUCCCGCUUUCAAUCACCCCGCCCCAUUCUCCCGCUUUCCAUCAGCCCGCCCCAUUCUCCCGCUUUCCAUCAGCCCGCCCCAUUCUCCCGCUUUCCAUCAGCCCGCCCCAUUCUCCCGCUUUCCAUCACUAAGACACAGAGAUGGAGAGAUGGAGGUGCGCUUCGAGUCGACUCACAAGUCGCGCGAGGCAGAGCGACAAGGGCACCGAGAUGGAGAGGUGCGUGGGGCUCACUACGACACAGAGAUGGAGGUGCGCUUCGAGUCGACUCACAAGUCGCGCGAGGCAGAGCCACAAGGGCACCGAGAUGGAGAGGUGCGUGGGGCUCACUACGACACAGAGAUGGAGGUGCGCUUCGAGUCGACUCACAAGUCGCGCGAGGCAGAGCCACAAGGGCACCGAGAUGGAGAGGUGCGUGGGGCUCACUACGACACAGAGAUGGAGUUGCGUGCGGCAGAGCGACAAGGGCACCGGCGACAAGGGCACCGAGAUGGAGAGGUGCGUGGGGCUCGCUACGACACAGAGAUGGAGGUGCGUUUUGAGUCGACUCACAAGUCGCGCGAGGCAGAGCGACAAGGGCACCGAGAUGGAGAGGUGCGUGGGGCUCGCUACGACACAGAGAUGGAGGUGCGUUUUGAGUCGACUCACAAGUCGCGCGAGGCAGAGCGACAAGGGCACCGAGAUGGAGAGGUGCGUGGGGCUCGCUACGACACAGAGAUGGAGGUGCGUUUUGAGUCGACUCACAAGUCGCGCGAGGCAGAGCGACAAGGGCACCGAGAUGGAGAGGUGCGUGGGGCUCGCUACGACACAGAGAUGGAGGUGCGUUUUGAGUCGACUCACAAGUCGCGCGAGGCAGAGCGACAAGGGCACCGAGAUGGAGAGGUGCGUGGGGCUCGCUACGACACAGAGAUGGAGGUGCGUUUUGAGUCGACUCACAAGUCGCGCGAGGCAGAGCGACAAGGGCACCGAGAUGGAGAGGUGCGUGGGGCUCGCUACGACACAGAGAUGGAGGUGCGUUUUGAGUCGACUCACAAGUCGCGCGAGGCAGAGCGACAAGGGCACCGAGAUGGAGAGGUGCGUGGGGCUCGCUACGACACAGAGAUGGAGGUGCGUUUUGAGUCGACUCACAAGUCGCGCGAGGCAGAGCGACAAGGGCACCGAGAUGGAGAGGUGCGUGGGGCUCGCUACGACACAGAGAUGGAGGUGCGUUUUGAGUCGACUCACAAGUCGCGCGAGGCAGAGCGACAAGGGCACCGAGAUGGAGAGGUGCGUGGGGCUCGCUACGACACAGAGAUGGAGGUGCGUUUUGAGUCGACUCACAAGUCGCGCGAGGCAGAGCGACAAGGGCACCGAGAUGGAGAGGUGCGUGGGGCUCGCUACGACACAGAGAUGGAGGUGCGUUUUGAGUCGACUCACAAGUCGCGCGAGGCAGAGCGACAAGGGCACCGAGAUGGAGAGGUGCGUGGGGCUCGCUACGACACAGAGAUGGAGGUGCGUUUUGAGUCGACUCACAAGUCGCGCGAGGCAGAGCGACAAGGGCACCGAGAUGGAGAGGUGCGUGGGGCUCGCUACGACACAGAGAUGGAGGUGCGUUUUGAGUCGACUCACAAGUCGCGCGAGGCAGAGCGACAAGGGCACCGAGAUGGAGAGGUGCGUGGGGCUCGCUACGACACAGAGAUGGAGGUGCGUUUUGAGUCGACUCACAAGUCGCGCGAGGCAGAGCGACAAGGGCACCGAGAUGGAGAGGUGCGUGGGGCUCGCUACGACACAGAGAUGGAGGUGCGUUUUGAGUCGACUCACAAGUCGCGCGAGGCAGAGCGACAAGGGCACCGAGAUGGAGAGGUGCGUGGGGCUCGCUACGACACAGAGAUGGAGGUGCGUUUUGAGUCGACUCACAAGUCGCGCGAGGCAGAGCGACAAGGGCACCGAGAUGGAGAGGUGCGUGGGGCUCGCUACGACACAGAGAUGGAGGUGCGUUUUGAGUCGACUCACAAGUCGCGCGAGGCAGAGCGACAAGGGCACCGAGAUGGAGAGGUGCGUGGGGCUCGCUACGACACAGAGAUGGAGGUGCGUUUUGAGUCGACUCACAAGUCGCGCGAGGCAGAGCGACAAGGGCACCGAGAUGGAGAGGUGCGUGGGGCUCGCUACGACACAGAGAUGGAGGUGCGUUUUGAGUCGACUCACAAGUCGCGCGAGGCAGAGCGACAAGGGCACCGAGAUGGAGAGGUGCGUGGGGCUCGCUACGACACAGAGAUGGAGGUGCGUUUUGAGUCGACUCACAAGUCGCGCGAGGCAGAGCGACAAGGGCACCGAGAUGGAGAGGUGCGUGGGGCUCGCUACGACACAGAGAUGGAGGUGCGUUUUGAGUCGACUCACAAGUCGCGCGAGGCAGAGCGACAAGGGCACCGAGAUGGAGAGGUGCGUGGGGCUCGCUACGACACAGAGAUGGAGGUGCGUUUUGAGUCGACUCACAAGUCGCGCGAGGCAGAGCGACAAGGGCACCGAGAUGGAGAGGUGCGUGGGGCUCGCUACGACACAGAGAUGGAGGUGCGUUUUGAGUCGACUCACAAGUCGCGCGAGGCAGAGCGACAAGGGCACCGAGAUGGAGAGGUGCGUGGGGCUCGCUACGACACAGAGAUGGAGGUGCGUUUUGAGUCGACUCACAAGUCGCGCGAGGCAGAGCGACAAGGGCACCGAGAUGGAGAGGUGCGUGGGGCUCGCUACGACACAGAGAUGGAGGUGCGUUUUGAGUCGACUCACAAGUCGCGCGAGGCAGAGCGACAAGGGCACCGAGAUGGAGAGGUGCGUGGGGCUCGCUACGACACAGAGAUGGAGGUGCGUUUUGAGUCGACUCACAAGUCGCGCGAGGCAGAGCGACAAGGGCACCGAGAUGGAGAGGUGCGUGGGGCUCGCUACGACACAGAGAUGGAGGUGCGUUUUGAGUCGACUCACAAGUCGCGCGAGGCAGAGCGACAAGGGCACCGAGAUGGAGAGGUGCGUGGGGCUCGCUACGACACAGAGAUGGAGGUGCGUUUUGAGUCGACUCACAAGUCGCGCGAGGCAGAGCGACAAGGGCACCGAGAUGGAGAGGUGCGUGGGGCUCGCUACGACACAGAGAUGGAGGUGCGUUUUGAGUCGACUCACAAGUCGCGCGAGGCAGAGCGACAAGGGCACCGAGAUGGAGAGGUGCGUGGGGCUCGCUACGACACAGAGAUGGAGGUGCGUUUUGAGUCGACUCACAAGUCGCGCGAGGCAGAGCGACAAGGGCACCGAGAUGGAGAGGUGCGUGGGGCUCGCUACGACACAGAGAUGGAGGUGCGUUUUGAGUCGACUCACAAGUCGCGCGAGGCAGAGCGACAAGGGCACCGAGAUGGAGAGGUGCGUGGGGCUCGCUACGACACAGAGAUGGAGGUGCGUUUUGAGUCGACUCACAAGUCGCGCGAGGCAGAGCGACAAGGGCACCGAGAUGGAGAGGUGCGUGGGGCUCGCUACGACACAGAGAUGGAGAUGGAGGUGCGUUUUGAGUCGACUCACAAGUCGCGCGAGGCAGAGCGACAAGGGCACCGAGAUGGAGAGGUGCGUGGGGCUCGCUACGACACAGAGAUGGAGGUGCGUUUUGACUCGACUCACAAGUCGCGCGAGGCAGAGCGACAAGGGCACGGAGAUGGAGAGGUGCGUGGGGCUCGCUACGACACAGAGAUGGAGGUGCGUUUUGACUCGACUCACAAGUCGCGCGAGGCAGAGCGACAAGGGCACGGAGAUGGAGAGGUGCGUGGGGCUCACUACGACACAGAGAUGGAGGUGCGUUUUGAGUCGACUCACAAGUCGCGCGAGGCAGAGCGACAAGGGCAUCGAGAUGGAGAGGUGCGUGGGGCUCACUACGACACAGAGAUGGAGUCGACUCACAAGUCACGCGAGGCAGAGCGACAAGGGCACCGAGAUGGAGAGGUGCGUGGGGCUCACUACGACACAGAGAUGGAGGUGCGCUCUGAGUCGACUCACAAUUCGCGCGAGGCAGAGCGACAAGGGCACCGAGAUGGAGAGGUGCGUGGGGCUCACUAUGACACAGAGAUGGAGGUGCGUUUUGAGUCGACUCACAAGUCGCGCGCAGCAGAGCGACAAGGGCACCGAGAUGGAGAGGUGCGUGGGGCUCACUACGACACAGAGAUGGAGGUGCUUUUUGAGUCGACUCACAAGUCGCGUGAGGCAGAGCGACAAGGGCACCGAGAUGGAGAGGUGCGUGGGGCUCACUACGACACAGAGAUGGAGGUGCGCUCUGAGUCGACUCACAAUUCGCGUGAGGCAGAGCGACAAGGGCACCGAGAUGGAGAGGUGCGUGGGGCUCACUACGACACAGAGAUGGAGGUGCGUUUUGAGUCGACUCACAAGUCGCGUGAGGCAGUGCGACAAGGGCACCGAGAUGGAGAGGUGCGUGGGGCUCACUACGACACAGAGAUGGAGGUGCGUUUUGAGUCGAGCGAGGCAGAGCGACAAGGGCACCGAGAUGGAGAGGUGCGUGGGGCUCACUACGACACAGAGAUGGAGGUGCGUUUUGAGUCGACUCACAAGUCGCGCGAGGCAGAGCGACAAGGGCACCGAGAUGGAGAGGUGCGUGGGGCUCACUACGACACAGAGAUGGAGGUGCGUUUUGAGUCGACUCACAAGUCGCGCGAGGCAGAGCUACAAGGGCACCGAGAUGGAGAGGUGCGUGGGGCUCACUACGACACAGAGAUGGAGGUGCGUUUUGAGUCGACUCACAAGUCGCGUGAGGCAGUGCUACAAGGGCAUCGAGAUGGAGAGGUGCGUGGGGCUCAAUACGACACAGAGAUGGAGGUGCGUUUUGAGUCGACUCACAAGUCACGCGAGGCAGAGCGACAAGGGCAUCGAGAUGGAGAGGUGCGUGGGGCUCACUACGACACAGAGAUGGAGAGCGACAAGGGCACCGAGAUGGAGAGGUGCGUGACAAGAGAUGGAGAGGUGCGUGGGGCUCACUACGACACAGAGAUGGAGGUGCUUUUUGAGUCGACUCACAAGUCGCGCGAGGCAGAGCGACAAGGGCACCGAGAUGGAGAGGUGCGUGGGGCUCACUACGACACAGAGAUGGAGGUGCUUUUUGAGUCGACUCACAAGUCGCGCGAGGCAGAGCGACAAGGGCACCGAGAUGGAGAGGUGCGCGGGGCUCACUACGACACAGAGAUGGAGGUGCGUUUUGAGUCGACUCACAAGUCGCGCGAGGCAGAGCGACAAGGGCACCGAGAUGGAGAGGUGCGCGGGGCUCACUACGACACAGAGAUGGAGGUGCGUUUUGAGUCGACUCACAAGUCGCGCGAGGCAGAGCGACAAGGGCACCGAGAUGGAGAGGUGCGCGGGGCUCACUACGACACAGAGAUGGAGGUGCGCUUUGAGUCGACUCACAAGUCGCGCGAGGCAGAGCGACAAGGGCACCGAGAUGGAGAGGUGCGCGGGGCUCACUACGACACAGAGAUGGAGGUGCGCUUUGAGUCGACUCACAAGUCGCGCGAGGCAGAGCGACAAGGGCACCGAGAUGGAGAGGUGCGCGGGGCUCACUACGACACAGAGAUGGAGGUGCGCUUUGAGUCGACUCACAAGUCGCGCGAGGCAGAGCGACAAGGGCACCGAGAUGGAGAGGUGCGCGGGGCUCACUACGACACAGAGAUGGAGGUGCGCUUUGAGUCGACUCACAAGUCGCGCGAGGCAGAGCGACAAGGGCACCGAGAUGGAGAGGUGCGCGGGGCUCACUACGACACAGAGAUGGAGGUGCGCUUUGAGUCGACUCACAAGUCGCGCGAGGCAGAGCGACAAGGGCACCGAGAUGGAGAGGUGCGCGGGGCUCACUACGACACAGAGAUGGAGGUGCGCUUUGAGUCGACUCACAAGUCGCGCGAGGCAGAGCGACAAGGGCACCGAGAUGGAGAGGUGCGCGGGGCUCACUACGACACAGAGAUGGAGGUGCGCUUUGAGUCGACUCACAAGUCGCGCGAGGCAGAGCGACAAGGGCACCGAGAUGGAGAGGUGCGCGGGGCUCACUACGACACAGAGAUGGAGGUGCGCUUUGAGUCGACUCACAAGUCGCGCGAGGCAGAGCGACAAGGGCACCGAGAUGGAGAGGUGCGCGGGGCUCACUACGACACAGAGAUGGAGGUGCGCUUUGAGUCGACUCACAAGUCGCGCGAGGCAGAGCGACAAGGGCACCGAGAUGGAGAGGUGCGCGGGGCUCACUACGACACAGAGAUGGAGGUGCGCUUUGAGUCGACUCACAAGUCGCGCGAGGCAGAGCGACAAGGGCACCGAGAUGGAGAGGUGCGCGGGGCUCACUACGACACAGAGAUGGAGGUGCGCUUUGAGUCGACUCACAAGUCGCGCGAGGCAGAGCGACAAGGGCACCGAGAUGGAGAGGUGCGCGGGGCUCACUACGACACAGAGAUGGAGGUGCGCUUUGAGUCGACUCACAAGUCGCGCGAGGCAGAGCGACAAGGGCACCGAGAUGGAGAGGUGCGCGGGGCUCACUACGACACAGAGAUGGAGGUGCGCUUUGAGUCGACUCACAAGUCGCGCGAGGCAGAGCGACAAGGGCACCGAGAUGGAGAGGUGCGCGGGGCUCACUACGACACAGAGAUGGAGGUGCGCUUUGAGUCGACUCACAAGUCGCGCGAGGCAGAGCGACAAGGGCACCGAGAUGGAGAGGUGCGCGGGGCUCACUACGACACAGAGAUGGAGGUGCGCUUUGAGUCGACUCACAAGUCGCGCGAGGCAGAGCGACAAGGGCACCGAGAUGGAGAGGUGCGCGGGGCUCACUACGACACAGAGAUGGAGGUGCGCUUUGAGUCGACUCACAAGUCGCGCGAGGCAGAGCGACAAGGGCACCGAGAUGGAGAGGUGCGCGGGGCUCACUACGACACAGAGAUGGAGGUGCGCUUUGAGUCGACUCACAAGUCGCGCGAGGCAGAGCGACAAGGGCACCGAGAUGGAGAGGUGCGCGGGGCUCACUACGACACAGAGAUGGAGGUGCGCUUUGAGUCGACUCACAAGUCGCGCGAGGCAGAGCGACAAGGGCACCGAGAUGGAGAGGUGCGCGGGGCUCACUACGACACAGAGAUGGAGGUGCGCUUUGAGUCGACUCACAAGUCGCGCGAGGCAGAGCGACAAGGGCACCGAGAUGGAGAGGUGCGCGGGGCUCACUACGACACAGAGAUGGAGGUGCGCUUUGAGUCGACUCACAAGUCGCGCGAGGCAGAGCGACAAGGGCACCGAGAUGGAGAGGUGCGCGGGGCUCACUACGACACAGAGAUGGAGGUGCGCUUUGAGUCGACUCACAAGUCGCGCGAGGCAGAGCGACAAGGGCACCGAGAUGGAGAGGUGCGCGGGGCUCACUACGACACAGAGAUGGAGGUGCGCUUUGAGUCGACUCACAAGUCGCGCGAGGCAGAGCGACAAGGGCACCGAGAUGGAGAGGUGCGCGGGGCUCACUACGACACAGAGAUGGAGGUGCGCUUUGAGUCGACUCACAAGUCGCGCGAGGCAGAGCGACAAGGGCACCGAGAUGGAGAGGUGCGCGGGGCUCACUACGACACAGAGAUGGAGGUGCGCUUUGAGUCGACUCACAAGUCGCGCGAGGCAGAGCGACAAGGGCACCGAGAUGGAGAGGUGCGCGGGGCUCACUACGACACAGAGAUGGAGGUGCGCUUUGAGUCGACUCACAAGUCGCGCGAGGCAGAGCGACAAGGGCACCGAGAUGGAGAGGUGCGCGGGGCUCACUACGACACAGAGAUGGAGGUGCGCUUUGAGUCGACUCACAAGUCGCGCGAGGCAGAGCGACAAGGGCACCGAGAUGGAGAGGUGCGCGGGGCUCACUACGACACAGAGAUGGAGGUGCGCUUUGAGUCGACUCACAAGUCGCGCGAGGCAGAGCGACAAGGGCACCGAGAUGGAGAGGUGCGCGGGGCUCACUACGACACAGAGAUGGAGGUGCGCUUUGAGUCGACUCACAAGUCGCGCGAGGCAGAGCGACAAGGGCACCGAGAUGGAGAGGUGCGCGGGGCUCACUACGACACAGAGAUGGAGGUGCGCUUUGAGUCGACUCACAAGUCGCGCGAGGCAGAGCGACAAGGGCACCGAGAUGGAGAGGUGCGCGGGGCUCACUACGACACAGAGAUGGAGGUGCGCUUUGAGUCGACUCACAAGUCGCGCGAGGCAGAGCGACAAGGGCACCGAGAUGGAGAGGUGCGCGGGGCUCACUACGACACAGAGAUGGAGGUGCGCUUUGAGUCGACUCACAAGUCGCGCGAGGCAGAGCGACAAGGGCACCGAGAUGGAGAGGUGCGCGGGGCUCACUACGACACAGAGAUGGAGGUGCGCUUUGAGUCGACUCACAAGUCGCGCGAGGCAGAGCGACAAGGGCACCGAGAUGGAGAGGUGCGCGGGGCUCACUACGACACAGAGAUGGAGGUGCGCUUUGAGUCGACUCACAAGUCGCGCGAGGCAGAGCGACAAGGGCACCGAGAUGGAGAGGUGCGCGGGGCUCACUACGACACAGAGAUGGAGGUGCGCUUUGAGUCGACUCACAAGUCGCGCGAGGCAGAGCGACAAGGGCACCGAGAUGGAGAGGUGCGCGGGGCUCACUACGACACAGAGAUGGAGGUGCGCUUUGAGUCGACUCACAAGUCGCGCGAGGCAGAGCGACAAGGGCACCGAGAUGGAGAGGUGCGCGGGGCUCACUACGACACAGAGAUGGAGGUGCGCUUUGAGUCGACUCACAAGUCGCGCGAGGCAGAGCGACAAGGGCACCGAGAUGGAGAGGUGCGCGGGGCUCACUACGACACAGAGAUGGAGGUGCGCUUUGAGUCGACUCACAAGUCGCGCGAGGCAGAGCGACAAGGGCACCGAGAUGGAGAGGUGCGCGGGGCUCACUACGACACAGAGAUGGAGGUGCGCUUUGAGUCGACUCACAAGUCGCGCGAGGCAGAGCGACAAGGGCACCGAGAUGGAGAGGUGCGCGGGGCUCACUACGACACAGAGAUGGAGGUGCGCUUUGAGUCGACUCACAAGUCGCGCGAGGCAGAGCGACAAGGGCACCGAGAUGGAGAGGUGCGCGGGGCUCACUACGACACAGAGAUGGAGGUGCGCUUUGAGUCGACUCACAAGUCGCGCGAGGCAGAGCGACAAGGGCACCGAGAUGGAGAGGUGCGCGGGGCUCACUACGACACAGAGAUGGAGGUGCGCUUUGAGUCGACUCACAAGUCGCGCGAGGCAGAGCGACAAGGGCACCGAGAUGGAGAGGUGCGCGGGGCUCACUACGACACAGAGAUGGAGGUGCGCUUUGAGUCGACUCACAAGUCGCGCGAGGCAGAGCGACAAGGGCACCGAGAUGGAGAGGUGCGCGGGGCUCACUACGACACAGAGAUGGAGGUGCGCUUUGAGUCGACUCACAAGUCGCGCGAGGCAGAGCGACAAGGGCACCGAGAUGGAGAGGUGCGCGGGGCUCACUACGACACAGAGAUGGAGGUGCGCUUUGAGUCGACUCACAAGUCGCGCGAGGCAGAGCGACAAGGGCACCGAGAUGGAGAGGUGCGCGGGGCUCACUACGACACAGAGAUGGAGGUGCGCUUUGAGUCGACUCACAAGUCGCGCGAGGCAGAGCGACAAGGGCACCGAGAUGGAGAGGUGCGCGGGGCUCACUACGACACAGAGAUGGAGGUGCGCUUUGAGUCGACUCACAAGUCGCGCGAGGCAGAGCGACAAGGGCACCGAGAUGGAGAGGUGCGCGGGGCUCACUACGACACAGAGAUGGAGGUGCGCUUUGAGUCGACUCACAAGUCGCGCGAGGCAGAGCGACAAGGGCACCGAGAUGGAGAGGUGCGCGGGGCUCACUACGACACAGAGAUGGAGGUGCGCUUUGAGUCGACUCACAAGUCGCGCGAGGCAGAGCGACAAGGGCACCGAGAUGGAGAGGUGCGCGGGGCUCACUACGACACAGAGAUGGAGGUGCGCUUUGAGUCGACUCACAAGUCGCGCGAGGCAGAGCGACAAGGGCACCGAGAUGGAGAGGUGCGCGGGGCUCACUACGACACAGAGAUGGAGGUGCGCUUUGAGUCGACUCACAAGUCGCGCGAGGCAGAGCGACAAGGGCACCGAGAUGGAGAGGUGCGCGGGGCUCACUACGACACAGAGAUGGAGGUGCGCUUUGAGUCGACUCACAAGUCGCGCGAGGCAGAGCGACAAGGGCACCGAGAUGGAGAGGUGCGCGGGGCUCACUACAGCACAGAGAUGGAGGUGCGCUUUGAGUCGACUCACAAGUCGCGGGAGGCAGAGCGACAAGGGCACCGAGAUGGAGAGGUGCGCGGGGCUCACUACGCCACAGAGAUGGAGGUGCGCUUUGAGUCGACUCACAAGUCGCGGGAGGCAGAGCGACAAGGGCACCGAGAUGGAGAGGUGCGCGGGGCUCAAUACAGCACAGAGAUGGAGGUGCGCUUUGAGUCGACUCACAAGUCGCGGGAGGCAGAGCGACAAGGGCACCGAGAGGGAGAGGUGCGCGGGGCUCAAUACAGCACAGAGAUGGAGGUGCGCUUUGAGUCGACUCACAAGUCGCGGGAGGCAGAGCGACAAGGGCACCGAGAGGGAGAGGUGCGCGGGGCUCAAUACAGCACAGAGAUGGAGGUGCGCUUUGAGUCGACUCACAAGUCGCGGGAGGCAGAGCGACAAGGGCACUGA